CUCCAUUUUGAAUGUUUUCGUUUUUAGUAGUAAAGAGAUCUAUCGGUGUAGCAUUUUUACCAAGGUUUCUAGCUUUCUUUUAAAAUCAGGAAUGGGAGAAGAAGGAUCCAUAGAUAUUGAGCAAAAAGCGCCAGUUGAAAUAAGCAGUGAUACAGCUAUUGCUAAUUCAAAAGAGGCAAAUCAACAAAAUACGUACAUUAUUCGACCAAACUUUUCUCAGAAGUUUCGUCCAAUUAAUGUCAAAGAAAUGAUUCACACAGUUCUGGGUGAAAAACUAACAGGAGUAGCUUACAAUUCAGAAGAGACAGGGGUCUUAACAAAAGAGAUAGCAGAGACAUUAAAAGCAAGAUUAAAAGAAAUGGGCCAUGAAAGAUACAAGUUUGUUGUACAGGUUGUCAUAGGGGAACAGCGAGGGGAAGGGGUCAAAAUGGGAUGCAGAUGCUUUUGGGACUCAGAUACAGAUAAUUAUGCUCAAGAUAUUUUUAUGAAUGAUACAUUGUUUUGUGUUGCUGCAGCUUAUGGUGUCUUUAAGUACUAACUUGUGACCUUUCAUCAACAAAAUGUGUACAUCUUUUAUAACAAUGUUUAUAUUUUUUUCAUUAUGACAACCUAAUUUAUUAUAUUGUGUUUUUAUGUGCUAUGCACCUAUGAGAAUUCUUGUGAUUACUUCAAAAUAAAUUUAUGCAA